UUUUUUUUUUCUUUUUUCUUUUUUCUUUUUCUUUUUCUUUUUUCUUUUUAUUUUUUUUCUUGGAUAAAAAGAACUGUAUCUACCAGCAUUGUUACCUUGAACAGUAUGGAAGUGGGAAACGAUGGAAAUACAUUGUUACGCCCUACAGGUCCACUUCUUUCAAAUUUGGCCAUCAUCUUUGUACAAGCCAUCGCAUACACUCAUAUUACUCGUCAGGAAGCUUUGGACGUUAUUGGUUUUAUGUUAUCAAGUCACUCUCGUCUUGUUCAUGAACAAUUACUGGCAUCUUUUAUUCGACUUGGGUUACUUGAACGCAUUCCCUCAACCGCUUAUUACCGAAUCCUGCAGACCAACGUUUGUGGAAUAUUUACCCCUAUUUCUCACUGUUAUUCCUCUACAUGCAAUCAUAGUCGUCCAUGUUAUUCCCCUACUUGUCCUCACCAGACGUCUGACCUUGACCUUUUCAAUGCGACAAAUUCUUGGUUACAACGUAUUCCUCAACAGAUUCUUCAAAAAACUCAUCGACAUGAACUUUUACGACAAGCCGCUGUUGUUGACUUACUCUCCAUGGAACAAAGUUAUCUUGCCGACCUACUUGUAUUAGAUGAAAUUUAUGCCAAACCUCUUUCCUUGUCACCAUGCAUUCCAUCAGCAACUCGCAGCUCAUUCUCCGUACUUUUAUUUGGAAAUUAUCGGUCGAUCAUCAAACUUCAUCAACGUUUUUGUACUGAACUUUUACAACAGCGUCAGAAAUCGAAUCAACUUUUAUUUGGUAAUGUGGGAUAUACCGUUCAACAACAUAUCCAAGCAUUAAUCGACCCUUAUAUUCAGUAUACUGGCAACCAUAUCCGAUCAUCUUAUUCCUUACGUAUGGAACGUCGUCGAAAUCCUCAGUUUGCUCAAUUUUUGGAUACUCAGAACUGUCAACCUCGUACAAGACGUUUAGAUCUAGGUCAUUUUUUGUCUGCACCAACUUUAUGGAUUGGGAAAUAUCGGAUGCUUGUGGAAGCUUUAGCGAAAAGAACAGCAAUUGCUUCUGAAGAUAAAUCUAUUCUUCAUCAAUGUGUUAUUAUGUUACAAGAUCUACUUUCUCGGAUGAAUCAAGCUGCUACCCAUGCUGGAAAUGAUGCAAGGCGAGAUCACAUAUCUGCUUCCCUGGCUCAUUCACUUUCCUCUUUCUCUUCCUCUCCUGAAAUGUCGACUCUAACCUCUCACCAAUGGAUGUUUCCGGAUGAUGCAAAAUUAUUACGUGAAGGAAAAGCUUGGCUACGACGAUCCUCGGGAACUCCUAUUCCUACUACUCCCAAUAUGGUACAAUGUCACAUCUUUCUUUUUGAUCAUAUGCUUUUUAUCGCUCAAGAAAGGAUGGUCGACGAUAUGGAAGAAUACUCCUUGUUGGUCAAACCUAUCCCAUUAGCAGCCUUUAUCUGGAUGGACGAUGAUCAACAUAAUAAUUACAAUUCAUCAUCACCUUUGAUUCAUCGCAUUUCUCGCCACCUCUCUUCAAAACUAUCCGCUAAAUCAUCAACUAUUUGGUCAACAUUACGUAAGAGUCCUUCCGGUUCUUUUUCAUCUUCUCCUCCUAUCGGUAAUUUGGCUAGCAGCAAAAGUACGCCUACAGUUGCACUUCCAAACACUUGUCCAUCUGGAAACUCGCGAAUACGACAACGUUUACGUACCAACCGAUGGUCAUCCAGCUCAGUCUAUACUCAAGCAUCUUCGACAGCAUAUUCAUCUUUCUCAGCACAAAAUCAACUGAAUCGGCGGCAAUCUGUACCAGAACUUUCGCUUAUCACACGUGAACCGACAAUGGCUACAAAUGGAGCAUCGAAGACAGCUACAUCAAACACUCGCGGUACAAUUAAAAAUAAAAGAAUUAGCAUCUCUCCUUUGACACCUAUUGAUGAUAACCAACAAUCAACACCAUCAUCAUCGUCAUCAUAUUCGUCAACAUCAUCAGCAUGUGGUAUCACUGGGCAACAUGAUCCUUCUCAAUCGUCAUCCUCAUCAUCGAAUAUCCUUAUCAGUACACCAUCACCAUUAGAAAAUGUUGAUAACAAUUCACCAUGUCUUAGGUUUAGUCACGCAGGAUGGAUAGGAUCACCUUAUCGUCUAGAAUUUGAUGAUAAUUUGGAAUGUCAAGCUUGGAGAGAUGUCAUUGAACAACGUCUGGUCACAUUACAAUCAUUGUGUUCACUCUGUCCGAUUUGGGAACCAUCUGGCUUAGUUUUACGAAAGAUGACACCAACUACUCAGCAACAACGACAAGAUGACUGGCCAUCCUUCAAGAGACUAUCUUCAUCUGCUUGGUCACCUAUCCCAGCAGCAUCGAUGCCACCGUCUUUAUCAACAUCACUGCCAUCCCGAAUAAGAUCCGAUCCAGAGGAAGGUUUAAAUCAAAUGCAAAUCCACUGUGCCCUACAUUAUGAAACAACUCUAGGCGAAGAUAUGAUAGCACUUGGAACACAGGAUGGGGUUUGGAUUGGACCUCAACAUCAUUUGGAGGACGAAAAUGAUAUGAUCGACAAACGACAGCAAAAUAGAUUCACUCAGAUUAUUCCUACGCAGGCUUGUCAUGGAUUGGUAUUGAUUGAGGAUAUGUUGGUGGCAAUGAUUUAUAACCCAAAGCAAAAAUACACCCUAGCAACAUAUCGUUUACUUGGAGAAACAGAUGAUAAUUUAUCUCAAAGUAGGAAAUUGAAGGAUCCAUUGACGAAUCAAAAUAAAUGGUCUAUUGUCAAACGGGACAGUGUGAUUUCUAUCUGUGUUGGACGUCUCUACCAACAAUCAGUAUUAGUCUAUUUGACUCGAUAUGGAUCUCAUAUUUUGGCUGUGGUAGCUAUACCCAAAUCACAAUCUCCAUGGUUCAAGAAAGUUAAGGAAUAUACUGUCUGUUUGAAGGAUGCCAAUAAUAUAUAUCUCCACAACAAUACGAUAUAUGUUCAAUCCAAUAAAUAUGGUGUAGAAAGUAUUGUACCAAGUCGAAAAAGGGAAACCACCGUACAUUGGCAGCGUCUAUUCGAAUCUCCUUGUAUCAGUUAUCUUCCGCUCUCAAAUGACCACGGCUUAGUAGUUACUUCAAUAGGCGUCCGACCCGUUUACCUUCCAACAACAACAACAGUGCCCAAGAAGCUACAGUCAUUUGAUUUUGAAUUACGCAUAUCAUCUGUAUCCAUGGUAUAUCCUUAUUUGAUAGCAUUUGGUCUUUCCAUGAUAGAAAUAUGGAAUGUUGAAUCGGCCACUCUUGUCCAAGUAAUACAUUCACCAACUAUCCGACGUUUAUAUGACUCUACUCAAUGCAUCAUCAACAAUAAGCGACAAUCCGAUCAUCCAGUCAUAUUAGUGGGUCCUACAUCUUCUUAUUCUCCAUCCUGGGAUAAAUCCAAUAAGCCGAUACCUUUUCGCAUCUAUAAACUGAAACUAGAUGACACUUUUUCUUUCAAUAGUUAGAUAUCUCUUCUUCUUUUUUUUCUUUUCUUCAUUCUUCACUUUUUUUAUACAUACAUCUACAUGCAUUCAAUUCAUUUUCUCUGUCAUCCUUCCAUCUGUUUUGCUAUACUUCAUUGAAUUUUUACACAUCUUGUAUUUUCCAUACAAUAAAGAAUAUCACAAUCAAAAAAAAA